AUGAAUCUGCCACAGGAAGCUCUGGCUGUCACCAAAGAUGUUCAUCUACCAGAAAUUUGGCCAAGCAAAGGUGCAGUCCAGUACGAAGGCGUCUCCGCUCGCUAUGCCCCUGGCAUGGAUCCAGUGCUUCGCAAUGUCAGUUUCACUGUCAAUCCUAAUGAGCGGGUAGGAAUCGUUGGUCGCACUGGCGCGGCCAAGUCAAGCCUAGCUCUCACCCUCCUGCGCGGCUUGGAGGCUGAGAGUGGACACACUCGGAUAGACAACGUAGAUACGAAGGAAGUGGGACUUCGAGACCUCCGUCGUAGACUGGCCAUUGUUCCUCAGGACCCUACGCUCUUCGCAGGCACGCUGCGAUUCAAUCUGGAUCCGUUCAGCGAACAGUCCGACAAUGAGAUGCUAGCGGCUUUGAAAAGCAGACAACUUGUCUGCAUCGCCCGCUCUCUUCUCAAAACACCCAAGAUUGUGAUUCUGGACGAAACCACUGCGUCGAUUGACUACAACACGGACCUUAAAAUUCAAGACUAUGUGCGCAAAUUGGACUCCACCGUCAUCAUAACCGCUCAUCGACUUCGAACCGUCAUUGACUAUGACCGCAUAGUGGUGUUGGACGGUAAUGAGGUGAAAGAGUGCGACCAUCCGUGGAGGCUACUUCAAAACAAAAAUGGCAUAUUCCAUGGCAUGUGCAAAGCGGCAAGUAACGGUGAGAAUUUGUUUUCCUUAGCAGAAGCUGCGUGGCACUCGGAUCGUAGGAUAAGGCUUUUAAAUCGAAAUUAAAAGUCAAAGAGCUACGAGACCUGGGAUAUCAUCACGAGCAUCUAUAUAGGGCUUCAUGCUCAGGUUGGGAUUGGUCACCUUUAUUUGCCGACACUUCCAUUCUUUCGCAGCGGAAGAGGGCC